AUGGCGAACGGAUGGAGCAUCCUGAUCAGCAUCGUGGUCGUCGUAGCCAUUGCCCUCGGAGCAUGGUUCUUUAGUCCCAAGGGCGAGAACCAAGCCGUAUGGAGAUCGACCAUAAUACUUUCAGCAGCGAGUUGCUGGCUCAUGUGGGCAAUAACCUUCCUCGCGCAAUGGCACCCUCUCAUAGCACCCGAGCGAAAAGACCUACGACCGGAAUACAACCAGGGGCCGGCUGCUGGCAAUAGCUUCUUGUGA